GGGCGGGGCUGGGUUGAUGACGUGUACGGGGCGUGGCGGAAGUGCGGCCGGACGGUGGCCGGGACGGGGGUGUCUGUCGCCCUUCCCCCCAUGAGCCCCCCCCGGGAUGAGCUCCAAGGCCAAGCGGGUGCUGCCCACCCGCCCUGAGCCCCCCAGCGCGGAGCAGAUCCUGGCCGACGUGCAGGGCACCCACCCCAGCGACCCCAUCUUCAUCCUCCCCGCCGAGCCCCCCCAGGAGCCCGGCCCCGCUCCAGGCUGUCCCGAGCCCGCGGCCGAGGAGCGGGAGCGGCUGUACCGGCAGAUCCGCUCCUACGUGGGGAUGAACCAGCGGCUGCAGCGAUCCCGGGAGCAGCUGCGGGAGCGGCGCCGGGAGCUGCAGAGGGUCGGGGAGGCGCUGGACCGCGGCAUCGCGGAGAUGAGGCAGAAAGCCUUCUGAGGGAUCGUAGUGGGUUUCCCUUCCCCAAACCGGAGCAUCCGGAUUUGCCAGGACAGCCCCGGCUGUGCCACCCCAGUGACUUUUUCUGCCAGGCCAGCACGGCGGCGCUUUCCCGGUGCUGGAAUAAAGGCGUGUACCCCUCCUUGUGCCCCUGGAGCGGCUGCCAUGUCCCCCGCGGGUGGCGCAUCCUCUGCUCCCUACGACUUCUCCCUCUGGUACUUCCCCGAGGAUCACCGCGUCGCCUCCCGCAUCGCGGAGCGCCUGAGGCAGGAGGGAUUUCGGGGCUUCACCGAGCACCAGGACCAAGUGGCCGGGACAUCCGUCAUCCUGUCGGCCGUGGAGGCCAUCAAGGCCAGCCGCGUGGCCAUCCUGCUCCUCUCGGCCAAGUCCGUGGGCGACCGGUGGUGCCAGCGCGUGUCCCAGUGGAACCUGUUCUGCAACAUCCAGCAGCGCGGCCCCAAGGUGGUCCCCGUGUGCGUGGGGGUGACCAGAGCCGAGGUGCCCCCGUUUUUGCAGCACCUCGUCCCGCUGGAAUACCAGAACGAGUUCUUCUUCCAGCGGCUGCUGGCCAGCCUGAGGUCCCGCCCAGGGAGCGGGGCCAGGGCGGUCCCGGCCAAGGGGACGCCCUGAGGGACCCCCGGGGGGGGCUGGGAUGGGUCGGGGGCCAGCACGGCCUCACGGUGUGAAAAACAAUCCUGUUUUGCUAAUAAAGUUGAUGGGAAUGGCUCA